AUGCAACGCCGGCGACUGAGGAUGUUUGAGAAACCCAGGUCGCGAGUUCACCAGUGGUCGACGAGUGGUGAUUGCGAGUGGAUGGUUCGGCGUAGGGGUAUCUGGCGGCGACUGGCAGUGUUUUGUAUUCGGUUGCCGGCGCUAAAUCAUGGGAUUGAGUCCGACGACGCUGUUGGGGAUGCUUCGUCAAUCGUUGGUUGGAGUAGAUUGGUUGGGUGGUGCUAUGGUUUUCGUUGCUCCUCCAGGCAGCGGUGCCAGCUUGUUGGGUCGCCAUUGAAGGCGUUGGCGAUAGCAGGUGCUCCGACAGGGAGCAGCUUUAAGCGACCGGAGUUCUUCGACCAGCAGGGGGAUGCGGUGGGGGUGAACAGAGAUGGCGACCGGGUCCAGUCGUCGGAGUCCGACGUGCCAGGUUGUGGGGCAACGGCUGCCGCCCAGCGGCAGCGAAUCGAUGAAGAAAGAGGCCCCAGUCUCGAUGUCGUCGGAGUCCGACGUGCGUUGUGGAGCAGCGGUGGUCGUGAUGCCGACUGGGUGAGAUUGCAAUUGUCCGCUGGGUCGCCGGUCAACGUAUACGAUAAUGGCCAAUCGUGGGGCCGACCAUCCUCUAAUUUUCCAGAAGGAGAAGAUGGCGUAGGUGGGGCCCUUUAUUUGUGGGGUCGACUACCAUUCUCCCCCCACCCCCUUUUUUAUAUGAAGGUGAGAGCAAAAGUUGGUGGUGCCCAGGUUCCGGCGAGAGAAGCUGGGGUUUCGGGAAGGUCUUUGGCCGUCUGGGAAGAUAUGUUGAUCCGGUGGGGCCCGGCUCUUUUGUCUUUUCUGUACAUAGGGAAUUGA